GUGUCUCUUUAAAGGAAGGGGGAGUGUGGAAGAGGGACAGAGGAAAGAGAUGAAUAGAAGGCACCAGAACCACCUACCAUGACCAAGUGCGCUGUAAAUGUAGGACAGAAAUUCGAGUGGAAUACAUUGAGCGACAUAUUCGAGGGAAAACCAUGUUCGGAUGUGCCUUAUAUGAAUCAAGUCUUUUUCAGUAUGCUACAACAUGCGAUCAUAGGAACACAGGGAAACUAUUUUUCCUCCCCAAAAUCUCCUGCAUUUUGAAACGGAAAAGAAGAGCAGCAGUCAUAUACAUCCCUUUGGUUUGCUUUUCUCAUUAUCAAUGGUAGGCAUUGCAUAAUACACCCUUAUCCACCGGAGACAUUUGGUUCCUCCUCUUUUGGAAGAGGGGGACGCCAGAAAAACGACUACAUCCAGCGGCUGCCUCUUCGGUGGAGCCUGCAAUUGUUUGGCAAUGCCCUUUUCUCUCUUAGGAAGGACUUGCACACAGUAGCGGGGGGACCAGCACGGGAAGGAUGCAUUUAACGCUGGAUGUGUGCUGCAUUCAGGGAGAUUCGGCAGUAACAGCAGCUCUAUCCGAAACGGCGAGCGCAAAGGGCCUGGGAAGCACCCAGCCCCACAAUCUCCUCCUUUUCCUCCCCCCCUGCAGGACCAUGCUUGCGUGAGGGAUGAGGCCGUGCACAGGGACGCCAGGCCAGAGCUGCGGCCUACUUCUCACAAGAGCCGGUCUCUCGACUGCAAGAUCUGUGAACGUAUUACCACCAUCAAAUCAUCAUCUUUGGGCAUCAGGUAGAUCCAGGAGCAUGAGCAGGACUUUGAGCUGCGGGAGCAGAUGUCUGGGUAUAAGCGCAUGCGGCGACAGCACCAGAAGCAGCUGAUCGCCCUGGAGAACAGGCUAAAGGCCGAGAUGGAUGAGCAUAGGCUCCGGCUGCAGAAGGAAUUAGAGACACAAGUGAACAACACUUACAUUGAGCUGGAAAGACUGGCCAAACGCCAUGCUGCUCAAACAGACAAAGAGAUGAAGUCAGUUUCAGCAGAAGAGAGGAGGAUCCAGCAACAGAUUGUUGCUCAACAAAAGAAAGAGCUUACGGCUUUCUUAGAGAAUCAGAAAAAGGAAUACAGGCUUUGUAAAGAAAAGGUCAAGGAGGAGAUGAAUGAGGACCUUUGUACACCCAAGGAGGAGAAACAGGAGCGUCUGUCCAGGCACAAAGAAACAAUGCAGCGCUCCCAGGCUGAGGAGGAAGCUCACCUGCUGGCCCAGCAGAGGCUGGUCUACGACCGCAGCUGCCGGGCCCUCAAACGGCGGAGUGUCGUCAGGCGGCAUGAGUUCGAACAAGAGCAACUGAGAGAGGAGCUGAACAAAAAGAGGACACAGAAGGAGAUGGAACAUGCCCUGAUGAUCCGGCAGGAUGAGUCCACCCAGGACUUGGAGCGGAGGCAGCUACAGAUGCUCCAGAAGCUUCGCGUGGAGCUCAUGCGGCUGCAGCACCAGACAGAGCUGGAAAACCAGGAGGAGUACAACAACCGUCGGCAGAGGGAACUGCACAGAAAACACAGCCUGGAGCAACGGCAGCAGCCCAGAAACCUCAAGAUGCUGGAAAUGCAGAUCAAGAAACAGUUCCAGGAUACUUGCAAGGUGCAGAACAAACAGUACAAGGCUCUUAGGAACCAUCAGCUUGAAGUGUCCCCCAAAGGUGACCAUAAGACCAUCCUGAAGAGCCUGAAAGAGGAGCAGACUCGAAAGCUGGCUGUACUGGCCGAACAGUAUGAACAGAGCAUCAAUGAGAUGAUGGCUUCACAAGCAAUGCGAUUAGAAGCAGAGCAGGAAACUGAGUGCCAAGCUCUGAAGCAGCAGCUGAAGCAGGAGAUGGAGCUCCUGGAUGCCUACCAGAGUAAAACCAAGUCGCAGAUGGACGCUCAAUAUGAACGAGAGCAGCAGAAACUUGAGCAGAAGGUCUCCAUACGGAGAGCGCACCUUGAGCAGAAGAUUGAAGAGGAACUGGCUGCACUUCAGAAGGAGCGCACUGAAAAGAUCAAGCAACUGUUGGAACGUCAGGACAGAGAAAUUAGCGCUUUUGACUCAGAAAGUAGAAGCCUCGGCUUUGGAAGCCUUGGAUCUCUGGACUUCCCGAAAGAAGACAACAGAUGAAAGUGGAUUGAUCUUUAAAGGACAACAAACGUGCCCUUCUCAUAUCCACUUGACCUUUUGACACAUCCAUGGUGACAAAACCGGAUAACUUCCUUGAAUACUUUUCUUCUAUCUUAGAUAUUGCAUUUUCAAAGUGAGGUGUUACGCGCAAUGAGAGCGACUUUUGUGAAGCUUGAAGGGGUAAAGUAAAACAAAAGAAUAGACAACAAGUCAGUAAAAGGCAAACUUAGUCAGUGUAACUCAAUGUGUUUAAAACAACAGACUCGUUCCUCCAUUCCAUUUUCUCCUUUUGGUAUGAAUUGAAUAAAUCAGGAAAUUUUAGUAAAAUGGGCACUUUGAUACGUUUAACUAGAAACCCAUCAUGUUCAUAUAGCGCUCACUAUGUAUGUUACAUGGAGGGACAUUGUGGAAUGUGAGCUACGGACCCCCCCCUCCCCGUGGUGUUAAGCUGCUUUGUCUUUUUUUUAAAAUUAUUAUUUAAUUUCAUUCCAGUUAUUUGAUUUUAAUCUCUGAAUGUGAAUAUUACUGUAUGGGGUCACUGGAAAGUCAGAGUUUAUUCAUUUUUAAAAAGGCUUUUUCAUUUGGUCAUACUUCCACAUCGUGCUUAUGCAUACAGUAUACUGUGGUCCCUCACUUUUUUAGGCAACAGCUCUUUUGUGCCAUUUGAUAUGUAGUAUCAGCUGGAAAUAGCUUGAUCAACCUAUCUUCUCACAAUUCAAGAUCCCACUUGGUAAAACUGCUUAAUAUUGCAUGCACUUUAAGGACAAAUUCAGGUUGUGAAGUGAAGCAUGAAUCUGUCAGAGAUUUUAGCUGUUUGUAAAUAAAAGUGGUCAUAGCGUUUCAUUUUUUAAAAUUCUAUUUUGUUUUAAAGCCUAUGGAUGCUGAACAUAAGCGCCAUAUUUGAUAUGAUAAUUUCACUAAUGCCUUUAUUUAAGUUGUGCCUGAAGCAAAUUUCAGUUGUGUUUGUUAUAUCUAUAUUUUACCGUCUGAGGCUGGCACCAUUUUGUUUUGGGUUUGUCCAAACUUGUGAAUCAUUUAAUGUUCACUGCUCUUGUAAAGGAUAAUGGUGAGAAUUGUGCUGUAUAACUUUUGAUAUGAAUAUUUGUACAAGAAAACAUACCUAGAAUAUACAGAAACAGUGAUCUAUUACUGACAUCAGAGCUUGAAGAUAAAGGUAUUGCUUUGUUUUUUAUGAUAUUGAGAAAUGGUCAUACAAUAGCUCAAUAUAUUGAUAGGUCAAAUCACUAGACUUUCAGAUUGUAAUAAUGUUGGUGAAUGGAACCACAGACUUAUGAUAUCAGUGUGAUAUUUUACGGAUCAGAGGCUUUAUAAAAGCAAACGCAACAACUUGUGGGUCUGGACUGCAUUUGAUCAAUUAGUGUCUGAAGAUAGGAUAUACAUAUUUUUCACCAUGUUCAUUAUGGUCAUUGAACAGGUUGCACAAUUAAUCCAUUUGUAGUGAAUGGACAGAUAAUUGUUUGGUGCUUAAUUUUUAAUAUCACCUUUAGCCUUGUAGUUUUUUGUCUUGGAGAGAUAAUUAAUUUUUACAAAAUGUAAGAAUUUUGCGACCCCCUCUGAGUCAAAACACUACUAAGUUGUUUUCAUGACAUAUUAAGAGUGCCCCAUGCAGUGAACCCCUCUUAAAUGAAAUAUAUGUAUGAGAAAAUAAAUGCUAUUUUAUCAUGGAUCUGUUUUCGACACAUUGUUUAAUGUGAUGGUCUUGAACUCGACCCUGUCAUGUUUGACAGGCGUUUCUCCUCUUGUCUUUUUUCAUUUAUUUUUCUUCAGAACUAAUACUUUUGGGCCAUUUUUCUUAUAGCGCUAAAAGCUGGAAGAUGCCCCCGAAUCCACGAAUAUGAUCCACAAGUAUCUCGAACGGAGGAAGAAAAGAAUGUUUGUGACGGCAAUAGAGCCCAAACGCUCUUGUUUUACAUGUCGACAGGUAAAAUCUGUUUGACCGUGGUCUGUUCUGAACUUGUAGGACGACACUAGAUUUUUUUGGCCUUAUAGAUUUUGUUCCUGAUUUUUUUUUCUGGAAUUUGAUGAAAUCUUUUUGUCAUAUGCAGUACGGCCUUUUGUCUGGUCACGUUUUACUGAAGCUUCGUGGACAAAUGGUUCCAAGGAUAAGUGCUGCUGGGUUACUUCGAUGUGUUUGCCUGAGAGCCUCAGAGCAAUGAUGAACCUUACAAUUUCAGUGACUCUUACGUUACUAGAAAGAUGUAUUUAGUUAGAAUAAAAGGGGACUUUCCUAAAAAACUUUAUUCACCAUUUCCUGUGCAGUUCAAAGACAAAAUAAAAGAGAUUCUGUUGAAAAAA